AUGCAGACGCUGGUACAGAAUGGCUCCUCAGUAGUGCUCACAGCUCUUGUGACCAUGUCCCAGGUCCGAGGACCACUGGGAAGCCCAAACUCCCCUGACACUAGUCACCUGUACAAGGAGGUGGGCCGCGAUGGGGAAGCUCCUCCGUGUGAGAAGCCCCUGACCUGGGAGAUGGGGAACCUGGGUUCUAAGACAAGCUCCUCUGCUGAUGCACGGGGGACGCACCGCCUCACUGCAAACAGAAGGGACCAGGCAGGAGCUCAGCAGGAGAAGGAGGAGCAGAACAUAGACACCCAUCUCUCAGGGGACAAAAUGAUGGCUCUAAAGAGAGCCUUGGUUGCCUUAGUAAGACGAAAAGGAUCCAAUGGAUCCGGUCAUGGCUCUGGUUCUCAGACCUAUGGGAAUGGGAAGCUCCCGCCUGGCCCCACUCCUCACCCAAUUAUUGGAAAUAUCUUACAGUUAAAUGCUAAGGACAUCAGCAAAUCUUUGAGCAAGCUCUCUGAAACCUACGGCCCUGUGUUCACUCUAUAUUUGGGCUGGAAGCCCACUGUGGUGCUGCAUGGGUAUGAAGCAGUGAAGAAAGCUCUGGGUGACCAUGGAGAGGAGUUUUCUGGAAGGGGCAGUUUCCCACUGGCUGAAAGAGCUUCUAAAGGACUAGGAGUUGUGUUCAGCAAUGGAAUGACAUGGAGGGAGACCCGACGCUUCUCCCUCAUGACCCUGAGGAACUUUGGGAUGGGGAAGAGGAGCAUUGAGGACCGUGUUCAGGAGGAAGCCCGCUGCCUUGUGGAGGAGCUGAGGAAAACCAAUGGGUCUCCCUGUGAUCCCACUUUUAUCCUGAGCUGUGCUCCCUGCAAUGUGAUCUGCUCCACUGUUUACCACAUGCAUUUUGAAUACAGAGAUCAGGAUUUUCUUAGCUUAAUGGCAAAACUCAAUGAAAACCUCAGGAUUGUAAGCUCCCCAUGGGUCCAGUUCUGCCAUACUUUCUCUGUACUCAUAGAUUACCUCCCCAGGAGUCACAACAAAGUACUUAAAAAUGUAGAAUUUUUUAAAAAAUUUACUUUGAAAAAAAUAAAAGAACACCAGGAAUCCCUGGACAUUAACAACCCUCGGGACUAUAUUGAUUGUUUCCUGAUCAAAAUGGAACAGGUAAAAACAAAUCCACAGUCUGAAUUUACCAUGGAAAACUUGGCAACCACUGUCAUUGAUCUAUUUGUCGCUGGGACAGAGACUACGAGCACCACCCUGAGAUAUGGACUCCUGCUCCUGCUGAAGUACCCAGAGGUUGCAGCUAAAAUCCAGGCAGAGAUUGACCGUGUGGUUGGCAGACACUGGAGCCCCUGCAUGCAGGACAGGAGCAGCAUGCCCUACACGGAUGCCGUGCUGCACGAGAUCCAGAGAUACAUUGACUUCGUGCCCACCUGCAUGCCCCAUGCAGUGAUCAGUGACAUUAAAUUCAGAAACUGCAUCAUCCCCAAGAUGAGAUUUGGCACAAACAUAAUCACAUCGCUGACUUCUGUGAUGCACAAUAACAAAGAAUUUCCCAACCCAGAGAGGUUUGAUCCUCGCCACUUUCUGGAUAAGAGUGGCAGCUUUAGGAAGAGUGAAUACUUCAUGUCUUUCUCCACAGGAAAACGAAUGUGCCUGGGUGAGGGCCUGGCCCGCAUGGAGCUGUUUUUAUUCCUCACCACCAUUUUACAGAACUUUACCCUGAAGUCUCUGGUUGAACCAAAGGACAUCGACACCACCCCAGUUGAGAGGGGGCUUGCCUCUGUGCCGCCUUCAUACCAGCUCUGCUUCGUUCCUAUCUAAGGAAGGGGCAGCCGUCUCCCAGCUGCGGUGCCGUCUGCAGCUUCCCUCCCCUGGGGCACCGUUCACCUCCCUCCCUCUACUGGGGUUACCUCCUCUGACCUCCCCCCUCCACAUCUCCCCAUGCCCUGAAGAUCCAGGGAGAAUCCAACCUCCAUUAAAGACACUUUCCUGCAUUUCGCUGCACAUAUUUA